UCGGCUCUACUAAUUAGUCCGUCAAUUUAAAGUAGAAAACGCGCGCGGAUCGUGCGCGGCAACCACAACAACAACAAAUUAUACAUAGAAUAUACAUAUAUUCCACUGAGCAGCAGCUGUUUUUGUUUUUCCGAAAAAUCAUCCACGAAUCAAGGCUGCCAUGGUCUAUGAGACAUCAUAUGGCAUCGGCCAGAAGCCCUUCAGUCCGGAUCUCAAUCGCGGCAAAUGGGAAAAACCCACGGACUUCGUGUACGCCUGCUUUGGACUCGCCCUCAAGUUGGAUGUUUUUGUGGCCUCCUAUUGGUACUUCUUCGAUUUGGGCAUUUUUGGAAUGCUGCCGUACUACAUGUACAUGGUCAUCUACUUGAUUCCCAUUCUGGUAAUACAUUCCUUCAUGGGGCAGUUUUCCAGCAGCGGCUUUAUAUCCGCAUUUCGUGUGUCGCCGUUUUUCAAGGGCAUGGGCUAUGUCAGCACCUUCCUAACCAUCUCCAUGCUCAUCUACUAUGGCAUCUUCGCGGCUGUGCCGCUUUUGUUCAUCAUCAACUCAGUGCGUCCCACGCUGCCGUGGAGCUGUGAGGGCAUGAAGUCCUGGCACAAUGAAUCCAGCGAGCACUUGACUAUUUGCAAUUAUUUCAAAGCCGAUGAUGACUCGAUUAAAAUAAAGGACAACGAUACAAGCGACUUUAAGCUACUUCACAUCCCAUCGGUUCUCUACUUUCAAAACCACUUUGACAUGCUUGAGUCUAGAUUUCCCGAUCUGGAGCGUGAAUACGAGCUAUCCUGGCACUUUGUGGGACUCUUCAUACUCGUCUGGGCCAUCAUUGCCUUCAUUUUCUACAAAUUCUCGGAGACGGCAAAGUUUGGCAGGCUGCUGCGUUACAUGGUCUUGAUUACUUUGGCCCUUUUGGGCGUGUGCUUUGUGCGUUUUCUCUUUCUGCCAGGCUCCAUGAAGGGACUUUUGGCUUACUUGAAGCCGCGAAGAGAUGACAUUCUAAUGGGCACCGGCUCCACCUUUAUAAUGGUGCUGCAAGCCUUUGGCGCUGGCUGGGGCAGUGUCAUGGCCUUGUCCAGUUUUAAUGGCUUCAAGGCGAAUAUUAUGACCUACAGUUGGAUUAUAUCCUUUGGCCAGAUACUCAUUUAUAUAUUCUUUGGUUUGGUUACGUUUAUGCUGGAGCAUUACUUUGAAGACCAACACUCCGAUAACUUCAACUCACAUGUCCUAACCCACUGGCUGUUGUUCCUGUCCAGUGGCAGUGCCUUGGCCAGCUUGGAGUGGCCCAAUUUGUGGACUUUCAUCUACUACACGAUGCUCUUGCUCGCUUCCCUCAUAGUGAUGAUCACACAAAUAUUCACCGUGCUCGCGAGUAUUUUUGAUGAGUUUGAGGGCCUGCGGAAGUACAAACAAAAAGUGACUUUUGGCCUAAUUGGUGGAUUGGCUUUUUGUUCGUUCUUUUUUUGCACAAAUCACGGCAUUGUGUACUUCUCAGCUUUGGCUUUGGAUGCCAUUUGGUCGCACAGUUUGCUGCACUUGCUGCUGAUUUUGGUGGUGCUGUGGAUCUAUGGCAGGGAACGCUUUCAACGUGACAUUGAGUUCAUGUUGGGACAGCCCUUUGCCUCCUGGAAGGUGUUCGUGCUGCGCUUUAUAGCGCCACUUAUACUGAUCAUCUCAUUGCUCAUGGGCAUAGUUGUAUCCAUCAUGGAGCACUCGUAUUCCUCGGUGGUUGUCAUGAUCAUCAGUGUCUUCCUCGUGGUCAUACCCUUGCUGUCGAUACCCGGCUAUGGGCUGUACAGCAUGUACCAGAGCACGGGCAGCUGUUGGGAGCGUUUCCGUCGGAGUUGUCGCCCCACCGAUUGGUAUCCUGUGGAAAUGGAGCAUCGACAGCAGUACGAGGAGGCUGUGGGCAAUACCGAUGUGACACAUCAAUUGUUCGAGGUCACCGAUGAGGUCAACUAAUACAACUUUAAAUACAAAUCAAAGUUUAUUGGCA